AUGGAACAAAUUGAAUUGAAUAAUGAUGAAUUAAGAAAUAUAAAAUGUAAUUUAGAUGGUUAUCCUAAGACAGAUUGGUUCCGUAAUAAAAAUGGUUUACUUUUAAAAACAUAUGCGUGGAUUGUUAAAAAUGCUAUAGGAAUUAUAUUGUUAAUACAUGGAUUAAAAGCUCAUACUCGACUAAAUUUUAUGAAAAUAAAUUUAAAAAUGCAAAAUAACAAUGUAGGCUUAGUAGUAGACAAUAAUUGCUAUAUUUAUAAAGAUAGUUGGAUUGAAAAAUUUAAUCAAAAUGGUUAUUCAGUAUAUGCGCUAGAUUUGCAAGGACAUGGCGAAUCACAAUCAUGGAAAAAUAUAAAAGGCGAUUUUAGUUGUUUUGGUGAUCUAGUUGAUGAUGUAAUACAAUAUAUGAAUCAAAUUCAAGAUGAAAUUUCAAAUGACAAUCAAAUGGAUGAUGCAUCUAACAAUAUAGUAACAACUAAAAAAAAAAGACUUCCUAUGUAUAUUAUUGGGUAUUCAAUGGGAGGAAAUAUUGCUUUAAGAAUAUUACAAUUAUUAAACAAAAAAAAAAAAAAAAAAAUUAAGGCUGGAAAUUCAAAUAACUAUAAAAAUUGUAAAAUCAUGUUAAACAAUUUUACUAAUAUUAAUGAAGUUGACAAUGAUAUGAAUAAUUAUGAUUCCGAUAAUUCCUGUGCUAGUACCUCUGCUACGACAAAUACUAUUACUAGUGAUAAAGACAAAGGAUUCUAUAAUUAUUUAGAUAAAUUAAAUAUUAAAGGUUGCGUAUCUUUAUCUGGUAUGAUGGAAUUUAAAACAGGAUGGAAUUCUGAAACCAAUUCACUUAAGUAUUUUUAUUUGCCUAUAUUAAAAUUUCUGUCUUAUGUCGCGCCUCAUUUACAAAUUUCGUUAGAAUUUUGUUAUAAAGGCCCAAAAUAUGUUGCUAAUAUAUCUAAUCAUGAUAAUUUUCGAAAUAAUAGUGGAAUAAAAUUAAAAUAUAUAUAUGAACUUAUAAACGCAUCGGUUAAAUUGAAUUGUAAUAUUAAUUAUAUGCCAAAAGAUAUUCCUUUAUUAUUUGUGCAUUCAACAGAUGAUAGUAUUUGUUCUUAUGAAGGGGCUGUUUCGUUUUAUAAUAAAGCAAAUGUUAAGAAAAAAGAAUUACAUACUGUUGAUAAUAUGAAUCAUUCUACAACAACAAAACCAGGAAAUGAAGAAAUUUUAAAAAAAAUUAUUGAAUGGAUUUCUAAUUUAAGAAGGAAUGAUUAA